AUAAAAUCCAUUCGUAAGGACAAAAUUAAGGAUGAACAAGAUAUGGUUCACAUCAGACGGGAGAUUGAGAUCAUGUCAUCCCUCAGCCACCCUCAUAUCAUCACCAUAUAUGAAGUGUUCGAAAAUAAGGAUAAGAUUGUGAUCAUCAUGGAGUAUGCAAGUAAAGGAGAGUUGUAUGAUUACAUCAGUGAGAGGCGGAGAUUAAGCGAAAGAGAGACGAGACACUUCUUCCGACAGAUUGUCUCUGCUGUACAUUACUGCCACAAGAAUGGUGUUGUCCACAGGGACCUAAAAUUGGAAAACAUCCUUCUUGAUGACAAUUUUAAUAUUAAGAUUGCUGAUUUUGGACUCUCCAACCUUUACCAUAAGGACAAGUUUCUGCAGACCUUUUGUGGAAGUCCACUGUAUGCUUCCCCUGAAAUAGUUAAUGGGCGACCUUACAGAGGCCCAGAGGUUGACAGCUGGGCCCUUGGUGUAUUGCUUUACACUCUGGUUUACGGAACGAUGCCCUUUGAUGGCUUCGAUCACAAAAAUCUCAUCAGGCAGAUCAGCAGUGGAGAAUAUCGUGAGCCAACACAGACCUCAGAUGCUCGUGGUCUUAUCAGGUGGAUGCUGAUGGUGAACCCUGAACGCCGAGCAACCAUUGAAGACAUUGCCAACCACUGGUGGGUUAACUGGGGCUACAAGAGUACUGUUUGUGACUGUGAUGCCAUGAGGGACUCCGAGUCCCCACUGCUGGCAAGGUUCAUUGAUUGGCAUCACCGUUCCACUUGCCUCCAAGCAGAGACUGAUACCAAAAUGAAGUGCCUUUCUAAGCCCAAAGGUCCUGAAGUCACGCUAGAGAGACAAAGGUCUCUGAAAAAAUCAAAAAAGGAAAAUGACAUUGCACAGUCCAUCCAGGAAGGAGGAGCUGAAAAUGCAUCCAAACCCACCUCCAAGAGACCCAAAGGCAUCCUGAAGAAAAGGAGCAACAGCGAACAUCGAUCUCACAGUGCAGGUUUCAUUGAAGGAGUGGUCAGUCCAGUGUUACCCUCAGCUUUUAAGCUGGAGCAAGAGUUGUGCAGGACUGGUGUAGCCAUUAAAAGUGUUGUGGAGGGAGAGGUAGCUGGCAAAUAUGGCACUAAGCAGUCUUCACUCAUGCCAAAAAAAGGAAUCUUAAAGAAGACUCAGCAGAGGGAGUCUGGGUAUUACUCCUCUCCAGAACGAAGUGAAUCCUCUGAACUCUUGGACAAUAAUGAUGAGACAGUAAACAGUGACACUUCUCCAGGGGUCUCAGAGCCGUCCAGAAAUGGGUCUUACAGCCAUUCCUGCAGGCGUAAGGGCAUCUUGAAACACAACAGCAAGUAUUCUGCCAGCAGCACUGAGCCUGCUUUGAUUAGCCCUGACACACCAACGCUGGAGGCCAUGGAAGAAGUGGUGCUGCCUGGGGACGCAUUACCUCGAAGUUACAGUCGCCCUUCCAGUGUGAUUAGUGAUGACAGUAUUUUGUCCAGUGACUCAUUUGAUUUGCUGGAUUUGCAAGAGAACAGGCCAAACAGACAGAGAAUACGGAGCUGUGUCUCUGCUGAAAAUUUUCUCCAGAUCCAAGACUUGGAAGGACUUCAGAACCGCCCAAGGCCACAGUAUCUAAAGCGUUACCGCACCCGUCUGGGGGACAGCAGUUUUUCUCUUCUCACAGACAUGGAUGAUGUGACUCAGGUCUACAAGAAAGCCCUAGAGAUCUGCAACAAGGUCAACUAG